AUGGAAACUAUUCUGGAAAUCCAGCGACGUUUACACGAGGAACGAGAUCGUCUGAUCGACAGUAUGACAAAAGAGUACCUUCAUGAGCGUAAAUCUCAUAAAGAGAAAAUAAAUGGAGACCAUCGUGUACGACGUCUUGUUGAUCGACAUCAUGAAGUCACGAAAAAGUUGCGCCUUAUAUAUGAAGAUGAUGAUAAGUCACGUAAAUCGGAAUUACGGGCUAUUGCUGGUCCGAAUGAGUUCGCAGAGUUUUAUUCACGUCUGAAAUCACUGAAAGAUGCGCACAGGAGGAAUCCAGAUGAAAUUGCUAUACCGUUAAGUUUGGAAUUUCAAAAGAUGAAUGAAGCUAUAGAAAACAUAGAAUUAGCCGAAAAAGAUUUGGUUGAAUUUACCGAUGAAGAAGGCUACGGACGAUUUCUGGAUUUGCAUACUCUUUACGAUAAAUAUAUUAACAUCAAAGGAGUGAAGAGAAUGGAUUAUUUAGCAUUUCUAAGCAACUUUGAUCGUUUUACGGAUAUUCCAAUGAGUGCGAAAAAAACUGGUAGUUACCGUGAAUAUCUUAAUGCUUUGAAGGAAUAUUUGAUUGCUUUUCUCGCAAGGACACGACCUCUGCUCAGUGUGGAUGAAGAAUUUGAAAAAGCUGACGCUGAUUUUGAUAAGAAAUGGGAGGAGGGUACAAUCUCAGGGUGGAGUCGAGAUCAGCAUAGUGCUUUAGCGCAUUCUGGUGCUUAUCUGGAUCUUUCAUCAUUCGAAACAGCUAUUGAUUUAGAAGCGCUUGGACUUGAUCGUCUAAAAUCUGCUCUUGUUGCUCUUGGUUUAAAAUGUGGCGGUACGCUAAAAGAAAGAGCGGAACGACUAUUUGCAACUAAAGGACACAAAUUGAGUGAAAUGGAAAAGACAGCAUUAGCAAAGCGUCAUGAUACGGAUCAAAAGGAACAGUUCAAAUUGUACCAAACAGCCCGACUGGAAGCAUACGUUCAGCGAUUAUCAUCCCUAUUGAGCGAUGAAAGAGAAGCUACCAAAGAAAAUGUUGAAAGAAAACAAGCACGAGGUAUCGGUGAAAACAUGGAAGAGGAGGAAGACAUAAACGAAAUAUCGGAUGAUGAUGAAGAUGAUAGCAUUCCAUAUAAUCCAAAAAAUUUACCCUUGGGAUGGGAUGGUAAACCGAUUCCAUAUUGGCUAUACAAAUUGCAUGGUCUCAAUAUAUCCUUCCCAUGUGAAAUAUGCGGUAAUCAAGUUUACAAAGGACCGAAAGCAUUUCAACGACAUUUUAAUGAAUGGCGUCAUUCACAUGGAAUGCGUUGUCUUGGGAUCCCGAAUACGGCACAUUUUGCCAAUAUCACGAAAAUUUCUGAUGCUGUCGAACUAUGGGGCAAAAUACGACGCCAAAAAGAAUCAUUAAAAUGGAAUCCUGAACAUGAUGAAGAGUUUGAGGAUUCUGCAGGAAAUGUCGUCAAUAAGCGGACGUUCGAAGAUCUUAAAAGACAGGGACUUUUAUGA